GCAACUUUUUUGGAGCUAUCCAUUGUAUUAAGACAUGAGUGAAUAAUUUCCCGCAGAAGGAACUUAAUUCGGUUCGGGAAAGUAGACUUCCAAAUUUACUUGUAAAGAAGAUGAUGACGACGACGACGAUGAUGAUGGGGGCUCAAUGAGAGAUGUGAUAUCAAAGAUUUUAGUGUGUAAAUGCCAGUGUUGCCAAACUUCUACAGCCAUUGGUUGGUUUGGUUAUAUGCUCGGAUGUCCCAUUGUUUCUCAAUAAGUCCUCUUAAAACUCUGUUUUAACUUAGAAUGCUUAUAACUUACAAAAUAACCCAAUACAAUGUGAAAGCUCUGAAAUACAUCACAAAACUAAAAAUAGCUUAGGCCUAAGUAUCACUCACUAUGUUCGUCAUCAGAUUGCUGAGAGACGUCCAUUACCUUGGCAUUAAAGUUGAUCGAGUGUUGGAGAGUUAGUGAACUGGGGCUCACUGGAAAAUUAUACUAGGUUCACCUUCAAGUGGGAGAAGAUUGUGUUAAUUGGAUGGAAUAACCAAAUGGGACCUUUACAUCCAAGUCUGCCUCCCUAUCUGCUACGGGAAGAACCCCAGAAGAAUGAUGAGUUUUCAUUGGGUUAAGUCUAUCUAGAAUUGGAAAUAUCCCUAAAAAGCUGAAAUUCUUUGUGGUCUCUUAUUGCCAAGCUAGAAAAAUUCCUCUCUGAGGUUGAUUGAAUCUCUCCUUAUCUAAUUGUCGGUCUGCUUCACAUGGAUCCACUACCUCGUUUGAGUGCUGCUUUUUUCUCAUCUUCAUCCGGGUUCCUAAAUUUCUCUUUGGAAUUUCUUUCAUUAUCUUGAACUUGAUAGUGAAGGUUUCAGAAUGGGCUUUUUCUUCUUUUCUUUUUCGGUAUGCCGCUCCGCGAUCAAGGAGCGAAAGAACCAAGUGCGCUGUGGUGAUGUCAGAAUUUGCACCUAUUUGUAUCUAUUUAGUGAUCAGUCCGCUAGUUUCUUUGAUCCCACUCGGUGUUCCUUUUCCAUUUGCUUCCAAUAGUUCAACCUAUCCAGAAAAAUUGUCGGCCUAUGAAUGUGGUUUCGAUCCUUCUGAUGAUGCCAGAAGUCGUUUCGAACAAUUUUAUCUUGUUUCCAUUUUAUUUAUUAUCCUUGAUCCGGAGGUAACCUUUUCCUUUCCUUGGGCAGUACCUCUCAACAAGAUUGAUCUGUUUGGAUCUUGGUCCAUGAUGGCCUUUUUAUUGAUUUUGACAAUUGGAUUUCUCUAUGAAUGGAAAAGGGGUGCUUCGGAUCGGGAGUAAUCACUAGUGAGAGAGCAAAAAGAGGGGGGAGAGAGUACAGAAAGAAAACCGUUUUCAAGAGACAAACUGCACCAGUGAAUCGCUUUCCUCCUUUCUUCUUUUCUUCAUUCCAUGCAUUCCUCUUUCUUUGAAAGAAGUCAAAAAAAGAAUCUAGCUUUUGCUUGGACUCCUUAAUGAAUAUAAUUAAAAUUGCAUGUGUUAAGCGUUUGAAUAGCUGUCUUGGUAUUCUUUUUUUGAGAAGUAGAAAUGGUUAGCCAAAGACUUCCAUCAAUGAACAUGAGAAAGAAGCAUCUCUUUUCUAAGAUUAAUAUGAGGCCGACAGAGAAGUCUGACUUCUAUUACCUCAUUUAUAUAAUAGUGCUCAUUGUCCUCCCUCGCAUGGCUCUGAUUCACUUUUUCUUCAAAAUUUUUUAGGAAAGGAAUUUAGAAAGCUUCAGGUCCAGAUGGUAAACUCUUUUAUCAGAGGAGAGAGUCGGCAAAAACCUAUGAAAAGAUGCUAGAAUUAGCAUGUUGAGCUGUCUCAACUGGAUCAGUUCUUGGCUGUUGAGUUUAGGCAGCUAGUGCUAUGGAACUCAUGUGCAAUCGGGAUUCCCUGGGGUUGUCUCGGUCCUGCUUUUAGGAGCAAGCUUACCUUACUUAUGGUGUUUGAGUAAGGUUUGGAACCCCGAGUAGCUAUGCUUGUCUCCUAUGAGACUAGAUAUCUUGAGUAGGUGUGGGCUCUUCCUUAAAUCAUUUAUUUAUUCAAGGCCCUUUUUUUCCCCACAGGGUCAGGCCUUUAUUUUCAGAGAAUUGGGCUCUAGUUUUGUUUAGCUAAUAGAAUAGACAGUUGGUCAAUGGAAACUUUGAUGGGUAUGAGAUUCAAGAGCAAGGCAAAGACCCUUUGAUUGUGCCGUUAGAGCCAUUCUCUGGUUAAUUUGGAAGGAGAGAAACCUUUUUAGUAUAAGAUGACAGUAGAGGUUUCUUUUCUUUAUAGUGUACAGUUCUUGGCUUCUUGGAGUUCAGAUCAUAAAGAUUCUUUCGUAAUUGAAGUCUUUUCAUGAUUACCACAAAUAGAAAAGCCUUUAUAUGAUAGUUUGUGGGAGGGGUUUCCUCUACCCCUGCCCUCAGGCAGUCCUCUUCUGCGUUUUAAUAAUAUAUCACACUAUGUUUCUUAAAAUAAUUAUCAAAUAGGGGCCUAAAUGAUUGUAAGGAAAAUUAUUUUAAUCUCUGUGACCUUUCAGGAUGAGUGAGGUCAAGAUUAGAUGCCUUUCAAGUGAAACUGAAUAAUUAAUUCUAGUAUCAAGAUUAGAGGUCAAGAUUAAACUGAAUAUUUUAAUCUCUGUAUAAUUCAAUUUAUGUGUGGGCGGAGAGAUGAAUUCUGUUGUAUUUUUGUUAUCCCUCAUCUUAU